AAGCAUUGUUCCUUCUCUUUUGCGCAUCCGCUUCCCCUCCCCGCGCAAUCUUGUUUGCGUUUUGCCUGCGGCUAUGGCGGGAGAACACCGGACCUCGCGAAGGCGCACGGCCUGCGCACCGCUUGUGGCGCUUCUGUUGCUAGUGCUUGUGAGCUCGGGCGGCCAUGGCGGCGGCGGGGUGAAAGCCUCGGAGCGCGUGGCGGCGGCGGCAGCGACACGCCGUGCGCUCGCCGCAGCGAGGCCCACCACACCAGAGGCUCGGCUGCGAGCAGCAGUGACGAGUCGCAACGCGACGGUCCUCCGACUGACAUCUGACAUCCUGCUCACGUCUGACCUUCCCUUAAUGACCUGCCCCAAUCUGACGGUCGUGGGCAACUGCAGGACACGUGACGGACGAUGGAGAUCAUGCAAGAUCGACGGCGGAAAGAAGUUCUUUGGAUUCCGAUCGCUGAGUCAGAGCCUGGACUUCCAUAUUACCAUCCGACUCGACACUGGAUUCCAUUCAGGAUCGACGCCACGCCUCGAGCUCGUGAACUUGCAUCUCACUAAUUUCCAUCAACCCAUUGUCGAAAUCCUGGGGUUUGUCGUGGUCCGCAACUGCCUCGUCACCAAAAACACUGUGACUGGUUUCUCGUUCUCCGCGUAUGAGCUGAGGUUCGAACGCUCGACGUUUACUAGUAACAACGGCAGUUUGAUCGGCGGCAUGUAUGUUAACGUGCAUCUGAAGGGUGCAGUCUUUCGAUCGAACAUAGGAGGGCCGGCGAUCACAUUCUAUCAAGGAGGCGUGUAUGGCGAAAGGUGCAGAUUCGAGGCCAACAGUGGAGGUGCGGUGGGCGUGACCCACGGGGGCGUGAGGUUCAUUCGCUCUUCGUUUGUGAAUAACUCGGGUGGUGCCGUUUCAAUUGCUUACGAUGCGUCGGGUAUUUUCUGCCAUUGUGAAUUCGCGGGAAAUUCUGAUACGUUGAGCGAAGGGAGAUCGAUAGUGCGACACGUGUACUUUGGCGGGGUGGUGAGCUGGAGCGCUGGGGUGCAGUUCUGCAAGCAGCGGCCUCGAGUCGGGGUGGUCCUCGAGAAGCCCGAUCUCGCUUCCUACAUCAAGGACUCGUGCAAGGAGUGUCCGAAAUAAUGAAACCAUCGCCUUUUCUCGCUUUUGCCUGCGAGGGUUGUCCAAAAAAAAAAAAAGGAUACUCUCGCGAUCUCUCUUCACUCUUAUAAAUCGUUUUUGGGUUUUAUAAGAGAAGGCGACCGCGUUAUUCCUCCUCUUGAUCCCCCUCUCCUUCAACCCUUUUAUUAUUAUGGUAAUUGGUUUAUAGUCCGUUUGGUCUUUUUCGUCUUGAGCUGAGCAAAGGGUCCGAAGAUUCUCCUGGGAAGGGAAGCGAUCACGUGGCUUGUAGGCAAUCAAUGGGUGUUGACGUGGGAUAUAGGGAAAGGAGCGGUGGUGACGUGGCAUGUGAGGGAUCGAGUGGUGACGUGGCAUUCUAGGGAACAUUAGAUGUCGGAUAGGUGUGGAUGAAGAGGAGCAGGGUGAGCAGAGUGCGAAUUCUGAGAUUGUCAACUUUGACAUUUUUUUUGUUGAGCCAGAAACAACACGUGCAUUGGAUUUGAAAUAAACGAAAAAGUCGGUUUUGGAUGAAAAAACGAAUUCUCAUUAUGGCUUCCCUAGCGGCUGUUGCCUUGGAAUCAACCACUUCUGUUUCG